CAAUGGAAGAGUUAAUAGUUGAACUUCGUCUCUUCCUCGAGCUCCUGGACCAUGAAUACCUGACUUCAACUGUGAGAGAGAAGAAGGCCGUGCUUACCAACAUCCUGCUGAGGAUACAGUCAUCCAAGGGCUUUGAAGUAAAGGAUCAUGCUCAGAAGUCAGAGACCAACAGCCUGCCGGCACCUCCUCAGAUGCCUCUGCCGGAGAUCCCUCAACCCUGGCUGCCUCCUGACAGUGGGCCUCCGCCCUUACCAACGUCCUCUCUCCCAGAGGGAUACUACGAGGAAGCUGUGCCCCUGAGUCCUGGAAAAGCUCCGGAGUACAUCACCUCAAAUUAUGACUCCGACGCCAUGAGCAGCUCCUACGAGUCUUACGAUGAAGAGGAAGAAGACGGAAAAGGGAAGAAGACUCGGCACCAGUGGCCCUCGGAGGAGGCUUCUAUGGACCUGGUCAAAGAUGCCAAGAUCUGCGCCUUCCUGCUGCGUAAGAAACGCUUCGGCCAGUGGACCAAGCUGCUGUGUGUCAUCAAGGACACCAAGCUACUGUGCUAUAAAAGUUCCAAGGACCAGCAGCCUCAGAUGGAACUGCCCCUGCAAGGGUGCAGCAUCACGUACAUCCCGAAAGACAGCAAAAAGAAGAAACACGAGCUGAAAAUCACCCAGCAAGGCACAGACCCACUCGUUCUCGCUGUCCAGAGCAAGGAGCAGGCUGAGCAGUGGCUGAAGGUGAUCAAGGAGGCCUACAGUGGCUGCAGUGGCCCUGCGGAUCCUGAGUGUGUUCCCCUGUGCAGUGCUCCUGUGAACAAGGCAGAGCUGGAGAAGAAACUGUCUUCAGAGAGGCCCAGCUCAGAUGGGGAGGGCACUGUGGAAAAUGGAGUCACCACGUGUAAUGGAAAAGAGCAAGUGAAGAGGAAGAAAAGUUCCAAAUCAGAGACCAAGGGAACUGUGUCUAAGGUCACUGGGAAAAAAAUCACCAAGAUCAUCGGCUUGGGAAAGAAGAAGCCUUCUACAGAUGAGCAGACUUCAUCCGCCGAGGAGGACGUACCCACCUGUGGCUACCUGAACGUGCUCUCCAACAGCCGCUGGCGGGAACGCUGGUGCAGAGUGAAGGACAGCAAGCUUAUCCUCCACAAGGACAGGGCUGACCUGAAGACCCACAUCGUCUCCAUCCCUCUCCGUGGCUGCGAGGUGAUUCCAGGAUUGGAUUCUAAGCACCCAUUGACUUUCCGGCUGCUUCGCAAUGGACAGGAAGUGGCUGUGCUAGAGGCGGCAUCUUCUGAAGACAUGGGCAGGUGGAUUGGCAUCUUACUGGCUGAGACGGGGUCAUCGACAGACCCAGGAGCCUUGCACUAUGACUACAUAGAUGUGGAAAUGUCAGCAAAUGUCAUCCAGACGGCCAAGCAGACCUUCUGCUUCAUGAACAGGCGUGCAGUGUCCACCAGCCCAUACCUGGGGAGCACUUCCAAUGGCUAUGCCCACCCCAGCGGGACUGCACUACAUUACGAUGAUGUCCCCUGCAUCAACGGCUCGUGGGAUGUGGACGACGGCUUUCCUGGCUGCGGGAGCAGAGGCCUGGCAGACGAGGUGCUUUAUGAUAACGCGGGCCUCUACGAUAACUUGCCGUCUCCGACAAUCUUUGCUCGUUCCUCUCCUGCUGACCGGAGGGCUUCUCGGCCGCCCGCCGACAGGCUGUCCUCUAACCACUACAAAUCCCCGGCCUCCUGUGGCCCACCCUGCUCCCUGUCUGUCACUAACACCUCUUCUGUUGGGAGGGCGUGUCUCGGGCUGCACUCCCAGUUCAAGGGCAAAAAGCCCCCAGUAGCAUCAAAUGGGGUUCCUGGAAAGGGGAAGAGUCCAGGCAAUCAGCAAAAGAGGGUGGAACCUGCAGGCGGCAUGAACCGGACAGCACCGAGUGCCGAUCAGUACAAGUACGGUAAGAACCGGGUGGAAGCGGAUGCCAAGCGGUUACAGUCAAAGGAGGAAGAGCUGCUGAAGAGGAAGGAGGCCCUUCGGAAUCGGCUGGCCCAGCUCCGGAAGGAGAGGAAGGACCUGAGGGCCGCCAUCGAAGUGAAUGCAGGCAGGAAGACCCAGGUGGCCCUGGAGGACAAGCUGAAGCGGCUGGAAGAGGAAUGCAAGCAGAGGGAGGCGGAGCGGGUGAGCCUGGAGCUGGAGCUGACCGAGGUCAAGGAGAGCCUGAAGAAGGCACUGGCUGGUGGCGUCACCCUGGGGCUGGCCAUCGAGCCCAAGUCGGGGACGUCAAGUCCACAGUCUCCUGUGUUCCGGCAUCGGACUCUGGAGAACUCGCCCAUCUCCAGCUGUGACACUAGUGAUGCUGAGGGGCCCCUCCCUGUGAACAGUGCAGCUGUCCUAAAGAAGAGCCAGCCAGCCUCAGGCAGCUCCCCCUGCCGCGGGCAUGUGCUGCGGAAGGCCAAGGAGUGGGAGCUGAAGAAUGGGACCUAGAGGAAGGCCAGCGCCCAGACAGACCGCACACCACCACCAGCCUCACGUGCGACACGCAUACCUUCCAAAGUGACCCAAGCAUGACUUCAGAGGUUCGGACUGAGUCUGAUACUGACCCCUUGCUGGCUCGAGUGCUCUUUCUACUGUAUGAUGGUGCCCUUUAGAAAAGUUUACUUUAAGACUUAAGUUCUAAAUUUACUUCUUGAAAAGCAGAAACAAAAAGGGGUAACAAGUUGUUGUGAAGUCCCCACUGGCCAAUGGGGCAAUCACAUCUCUGACUGCCUCAGCUCAAUACCAGCCUACAGGCAACAGACUGUGAGCCCCUGGAAGCCUGGAGACAGGGCAGCUUGCGCCUCACUGCCUCGCCCUCCCCACGUGCAACCAGCACCCCAUGUCGGCAUCGAGCAUUGCCCUGUCAGAGGGUUUUGCCUUCGGCGGUGGUGUGCACAGCAUGAACUCCCCCAACCCCUGUCCCCUUGUCAUCAGAGGUGAAGCCACCCCUGUCCCCUUGUCAUCGGAGGUGAAGCCACCCCUGUCCCCUUGUCAUCGGAGGUGAAGCCGUGUGGAAACCAUGCUGUGAAGCAGUUUUUAAGGUUUUCUUUGGUUUGUGUUUUGGGCAGAUGCUUUUGUCACCAGGACGUGAAACGCUGCCUUUCUUUUUAACCAUUUUUGUUUCCAUUUUUUUUUUUAAUGUCCCUUUCAUCAUGUGUCACGCUUAGAUCUAGGGACUUCUUAACGGCCCUGAGUCCCAUUUUAUGACUUAUUUGUCUUGCUUUUGAGAGGCAGCUUUCAGUCCCUGGCUAGCAUGCACCCCUUUCUGUCUUGGCCAAAAAUCCCAAUGUUCCCCCUACUUGCAGGGCAGAAGCUCUUUAGCCCAGGCAAUGCACAGGAUGACACUUGGGUCAUCAUCUGCCUGUGGAUACUCUCUAACAAGUAGGAUCAGAAAUUCCUUUGGAAACAAGCAGGUUUUUAAAUCUACAGUAAGGCCUGGGGCAUCUUGGAUGGAGACGGCCUUCCAGAGCAUCUCUUACCUCCCUCCCUGUAUAGACGAAGCCAUGGGUCCUGUCCUGCGUGCGGGCUUCCUUCCAUCUCUCCCACUUGCCCCAGCAGUGCUUCUUGGGUAGUUCAGAGGCUUAGGAUAUGAAGAAACAGCCCCAGCUCGGGAUAACCUCUGCCCUGGGGAUCUGUCAGACAGACUGGCUUCCUGCUCUCGGAUGCUAUGCAGACCUCUCCACUUUGGGGAGCUGCAGGCAGUGAGGGGGAAUUAGCCAUCUCUGAAGACAGGCACUGGGCUCCAUCCUCAAACAUAGAAGCUGGUGAUGCUGUGUUUGGAGCAAGCCUUUCCACGACAGCCAGAAACUCAGCACACAUAGGAAGAGAGGGCAGGAAAGUCUCCCCAUGCAGCCCUCACGGCUGGAGUCGGUGCUCUGUGUUCUAGCCCUGCAGUGGCUGCUUGGGUUUACCAGCAAGGUCAUCACCAGUGUACAGGGACGUCACACCAGUAGUCAGAAGCUGCUCAACUGGAGCCCCCCCCCCCCCCGAAACUGGACCAGUGCAGAACACCUGUGGGAGACUGGCUUACCAGUUGUCAGAUGACACUUCACCCUGCAGCGUCUUCCUCCAGGGGGCAGUAACGGACAGCUGCAGACCAGCAUCUGUGUUCUACCUUUCCACUAAGAAACCAUGUGCAGAGGCCCCAGAGGAGGGAGGCAGCCUCCCCACACAGCAGCCUGUUUGUGUAGCAGCAGGAGCCCCUUGCAUCAUCAUGGGAGCUGUGACCACAUCAUAUCACGUGACAUUAAUGUUCUGAAAAGGGAGGAGAGUUUGACCUGCUGUAGUUUCUGUUGCCUUCAGGUUAGAUAGGGUCUCUCAGAGCAGGGCUCCUGGCUCUUCUGAUCACAGAACCAAGCCAGGCUUUCCUCCCAAAAGGAGGACAUGCCCAACCUGAGGUCCAGUCCCAGCCAGCGUAGAGGGAUGUCUGUAAUGAGCAGGGAGUGUGUUAGCAGAGUGCCAUGCUCAUCAGAGGGGGUGUCAUUGUGGAAUAAGCUGCAUUUGGCACACGAUGACUCCAAAGUUUGGGGAGCUUGUCCCACCAGGACACAGGCUUCUGGCAUUCAUAUUUGUGUUAAGAAUCCACUCAUGUUAAGUCUCUAAGGAGGCGCAUCUGCUCUGGAGCCUGUAAGUCCUGCCAAGCCGUUUAAAGUGUGUCCCGGGGAAGGCAAGCUCCUGACGCAGGGCUCCGCUGUCCUGUUCCCCUUGGUGUUUUUAGAUUUGAUCAGAAAGCCAGUUUAAAGCAUUUACUUCAAAAUAAGUUAUUUAUUUGUAUAUGUUCAAUAAAUAUGGUUUUAAUUUAUAUCUGUACAUAUCGGACACCCAUAAGACGUCCUGUCGGAAUUCUGACCUUCUCAUUCCAUGACCCUCUCGGAAUCACAGGUGUGACCCCAGCCGCCAGCACCACAGUCUCGCUUUGUAUGGCACCCAGUGGGUAAAGAGCUGGGCCAGCCCCCUUGCAAGCUUGCAGGUUGGGUACACCAGUCCCUUGCCCUGACUGUGGUCCAGUACCAGCAGAGCACUGCUUCCUUUUGAAGUGCUGCCCUUCACUGUAACAGUGGCUGCUGGCCACAUGGAGAUGAGGCCCCAGGGAGAGGGUGACUUUGCUUGUGUCCGGUGAGGUAGCCUGCCUUUUUGGGUCUAUGUAUCUCUGAGGCCACAGUGUUCUACAGGGUUCACUUUUGUCCAUAAUUUGGUGAGAUGUCAUCAAUUUUCACAAUUCCUUCUAUUUUUGUUAGUUCACUAACCAAUCCUUUGCAUAGAAAUUGUUGUGCUGGUCAGGAGGCUGCUACCAUGGUCCCCAGCUUGGGCACGGGUGUGACUAUCACACAGCCUCAUGUACCAGUGUCCUUGCAAGGUGACCAGCAUAGUUGGCCCAGGUCAUCCCAGACGUCAGAAUGGCCUGUCAGCUGGACGUGGGUUCACCAUACACAGAAUCUUCCAGAAUCCUUUCUUUAGACUCACAGGUGACUGCUCCCUGGCCUCGUGUGUCAGGCUCUCACCCCCUGUGUGUACUUUGGUGCUGGCCUUUCAUCUGUCCCACUGGCCCCGAGUUGCUUUUCGGUGUCUGUGUCACCAAACCCAUGCUGACAGCUGAAGAGCUGUCACUUUUACAACCUCUGCUUCAAAAAGCAACGUCCCUGCCUGGCCUGGAGGCCACUGGAGGAGAAACUUCCCUAUGUGGGGACUCCACUAGGCCCCCUUUGGCGUUCACAUGCAGGUUCCCACGGGUUGGAGGCCAGGGCUGGGUUUGGGACUGAGGGCAGAGCACCCAUGUCCACAGCAUUACCCAGAAGCACAGCUUUGGAGCCCUCAGCAAAUGGGAGAUAGGAAUUUGUCCUCUGUCCCUGCAGGCUCUCAGGGCAGCGCCCCAGGGCAGGCAGCAGCAGGGGGGUUCCCAGCCCCUCCUCCCACAGACAAGGGAUAGGCCUCCCCUGCAGCAGACACUGCAUCUAUACUCUGCACACACCCAGCCAGGUGAGCCCUCCACCCACCCCCACCAGCAGACCGAACUCCCCCAGGGUCCAUUAACUGUUAAAUUUCUUGUUUUGUUUUGUUUCUUCUAAAAUAAUUAAGCCAGUUUCAAAUUCAUGACAUAGUUUUAAAGCGGUAAUUAAAUGUUUGGGUCCUUUUCCAACUGUUUUAUUUCUGACCUCAUAGAGGACUGGGUUCAUACUGUGAAAUAAACUGAAAAUGAAAAUAAAACUCUGCUGCCAUGUGCACACAGCUCGGCCGAGGAAGCGGCCCAGAGCAGCUGUGUGUGGCUGGCAAAGAGAAGCCUGCGCCUCAGCCCUGAGGGCCUCACUGGCUGGUGCUCCGUCUGUGAGGAGGGAAGGAACACCAUUUCAGUCUGGAGACCAGCUUCCCUGCACAUCAGAUUGUGCUUUCAAAGUGGGAUCUUCAGCUCAUAAUUCUUAGGGACCAAAGGUAUUUUCAAUAAGAUCAUCUUUUUAAUUGAUUUUCUAACAAAAAGGGUUCACUUUACAUUUUAACACCAAUUUUCAUAUCCUAGAUUUUCAGAAUUAAUCGACUGUGGCUCUAAGUUGUAAGAUGUUUUCAUGUUAUGAAUGUAAUUAUUUCCUUAUUAUAUUUUUUAAAAACUAAAGUCCUAUUUAAAUUCUCUUUGAAAGAAGCAGGCAAAGAAAAGACAAUUUUUUUAAUUAAUUAUGUUGGUAGUGGCCAUUGAAAAUGACUGUAAAUAUAUUUUGACUGUGUUGCUUAAUGUAUUUAAUUCAUAAAGUAAAAAUUUUUAUGCAAAGAGACUUGCAAUGAAAAAAGUCCUAGUUUCAGCCCAUUUACCCCAUUUUGUAGUAGCUUCACCCGACUUCUGCUUUACAAACUGAUUUUUCUACUGUUGUAACUGUGUAGUCCAUCGACUGGCGCCGUUUGGCGUGACUCAUUCGUGUAUUAAUAAAACUGUCCGGUGCAGCCUGGCCUCAAA